CUCCAUCUCCGUUAUCGGUUUAUUACCGGAAGCACGUGCUGAAAAGCAAAACACAACUGUUUACUUCGUUUUUUGUGAACAUAUAGAUUGUGUGUGACAAGUGGGACAGUAUCUCAUUGUAAAACAUAUUUUAUAUGCAAAACAAUAUAAAAGAUGGUGAGAAAAAAGAUUGAUAACAGACUGAGAAUAUUGAUUGAAAAUGGUGUGGCAGAGAAGCACAGGAGUAUGUUUGUUGUUGUUGGAGAUCACGGUCGUGAUCAGGUUGUUAUAUUACAUCACAUGUUAUCUAAAGCUACAGUAAGAGCUAGACCAUCUGUGUUAUGGUGUUACAAGAAAGAACUUGGAUUUAGUAGUCAUCGGAAAAAAAGAAUGAAACAGCUUCAAAAGAAGAUAAAAAGUGGAAAAUUAGAUGUAAAAGAAGAUGAUCCUUUUGAGUUGUUUGUUGCAUCAACAAAUAUUAGAUAUUGUUAUUAUGCAGAAACUCAUAAAAUACUUGGACAGACCUUUGGCAUGUGUAUUCUACAGGAUUUUGAGGCAUUAACACCGAAUUUGUUGGCCAGAACAAUAGAGACAGUAGAAGGAGGAGGUGUUGUUGUUAUCCUACUAAAGACAAUGGCUUCUCUGAAACAGCUGUACACAAUGUCUAUGGAUGUCCAUGCAAGAUAUAGAACAGAGUCACAUCAGGAUGUUGUUGGAAGAUUUAAUGAAAGGUUUCUUUUAUCUUUAACAUCCUGUAAGAACUGCAUGGUAAUUGAUGACCAGUUUAAUAUGCUGCCAGUGUCUUCUCACAUUCUCAACAUACAGCCAGUACCAGCUAAAUCUAUGGAAGAUGCUUUAUCACCACAAGAACAAGAGUUACGGGACCUGAAAGAUUCGUUACAAGACACACAACCAGUUGGAUCUAUUGUCAACUGUUGUAAAACACUGGAUCAGGCAAAAGCAGUUCUGAAAUUUGUUGAAGCUAUAUCAGAGAAGACUUUACGAAGCACAGCUGUUAUGACAGCAGCAAGGGGGCGUGGCAAGUCAGCGGCUCUAGGACUGGCAAUAGCAACUGCAGUAUCAUUUGGGUAUUCCAAUAUAUUUGUGACAGCACCAAGUCCUGAGAAUUUAAAGACAGUGUUUGAGUUUGUAUUCAAAGGAUUUGACACACUAGAAUAUCAGGAACAUUUAGAUUAUGAGAUAAUACAGUCAACUAAUCCAGAUUUUAAUAAAGCCAUAGUCAGAGCCAACAUCUUCAGAGAACACAGACAGACAAUACAGUAUAUCCAUCCAUCAGAUUCACACAAGCUUGGUCAGGCAGAGUUGGUGUGUAUAGAUGAAGCUGCUGCCAUUCCAUUACCACUAGUGAAGAAUCUUCUUGGACCAUAUCUGGUGUUCAUGUCCUCUACUAUUAAUGGAUAUGAGGGAACAGGGAGAUCACUGUCAUUGAAGUUAGUGCAACAGUUACGACAACAGUCAGCGACAUUUGGUGGUUCAUCUGAAGUCCAGAAAGCAAUCAGUAUGGCCUCUAAAUCAGAUUCUGUAUCUUCUGCUACAGGACGAGCUUUACAUGAAAUAGUGUUAAAUGAUUCCAUCAGAUAUGCUAACGGUGAUCCCGUAGAGAAAUGGCUGAAUGAUUUACUGUGUCUGGAUGCUACUAAUGUAUCUAGAAUUACCUCAGGUUGUCCUGUACCUGAGUCAUGUGACUUAUAUUAUGUAAACAGAGACACUUUAUUUUCUUACCACAAAGCUUCUGAAGGAUUUCUGCACAGAAUUAUGGCAUUAUAUGUUUCAUCACAUUAUAAGAAUACCCCCAAUGAUUUACAGUUAUUAUCUGAUGCUCCUGCACAUCAUAUAUUUGCAUUACUUGGCCCUGUUGACCCAAACCAGUCUUCAUUACCAGAAGUUCUUUGUAUUUUACAAAUUUGUUUAGAGGGAGAUAUUUCUAGUUCAACAAUAAUGAAUAGUUUAUCACGAGGAAAGAGAGCUUCAGGUGAUUUGAUUCCAUGGACCAUAUCACAACAGUUUCAGGACCAAGAUUUUGCAGGAUUAUCUGGUGCAAGAGUUGUGAGGAUAGCUACUCAUCCUGAUUAUCAAAGUAUGGGAUAUGGAACAAGAGCAAUGAAUUUAUUACAGCAGUAUUACAAAGGUGAAAUGAUCAGUUUAUCAGAAACUAAAGACAUAGAGGACAAUGUUACACCAGUCGAUGAGCAGGAUGUAAGUUUAGUUGAUGAAAGAUUGACACCAAGAAAAAAUCUUCCGCCAUUACUCAUGAAACUGACUGAGAGAAAACCAGAGAAGUUAGAUUAUCUUGGUGUGUCAUUUGGUCUCACAGCAGGAUUACUUAAAUUUUGGAAGAAGUCCAAAUUUACCCCAGUGUAUCUUCGUCAGACUCCAAAUGACCUAACAGGUGAACACUCCUGUAUAAUGUUGAAGAUGUUACAUACAGAAGAUAAUCCUGAAGAUAGAAGUGAACCAUGGCUGGCGGCUUUCUGGAAAGAUUUUCGCAGAAGAUUUGUGUCUUUGUUGUCCUACCAGUUCAGGACAUUUAAACCUUCUAUGGCACUGAAUAUUCUACAGGAGAAAACUUUCAAAUCCACAGGAAAAAAAAAGAUGAGUUUGGCAGAACUUGAUGCUCACUUUACAAAGUAUGAUGUUAAACGUCUAGAGCUGUAUGCCCAAAACAUGGUGGAUUAUCACUUAGUAAUAGACCUGUUACCAGCCAUUAGUCGACUGUUCUUUCUGGGUCUAAUUGAUACACACCUCAGUGUAGUACAGUCUGGUCUGUUGUUAGGGUUAGGACUUCAGCACAGAACAGUGGACGAGUUAGAAAAGGAGUUGGACUUGCCAUCUAGUCAGUUACUGGGAUUGUUUAACAGAAUAAUUAGGAAAAUUGUACAGAAUUUGAAUGAGAUUUUGGAAGCUGAUGUAGAAAAGGAUAUGGUAGCUAGAAAGGAGAUAACAUUAGAACCUGUCAAACAAACUAUGGAUGAAGAAUUGAAUGAGGCAGCCAAUGAGGUGUUACAGAAACAGAGACAGGAAGCAGCAGUGUUGUCUGGGAUAGAUCUGACAAAUUAUGCUAUCAGAGGGUCAGAACAUGACUGGCAAAAAGCAUUGUCAGGGUCCAAUGAGAAGAAGGGAUUAGUUAGUGUUAAAAGCAACAAAGAAAAGAAGCGAAAACCAGAAUCAAAUAUAUUGGAGGAAUUUUCAACUAGUGCAAAAAAGAAAAAAGACAAAAAGAAACAUAAACACUGAUUUUAAAUAGAUAUUUAUAAAACACA